AUGGCGAUGGUCUCGAGGCGUGCCAUUCAAAACCCUGGCAAGGGCGUGGCCGUGAAGCAGAAGCCGAGCAUCCGCAAGACAAUCGAGUCGAUGAUUAGCACGGGGAGCCAGGCCGAGUACUUCCGACCCGAGCAGACCAUUAUCAUCUUUGAUUGGGAUGACACGCUUUGCCCUUCCAGCUGGAUCCGCGCAAACAAGAAGGUUCUGAGCUUCUUCAAGCCAGCUCCGAACGUGGAGAAAUACCAGAAACCACUUCGCGAGUUGCAGGCAGCAGUGGAGGUGCUGCUCAAAAUGGCCAUGAAGUUGGGUACUGUCGUGAUUGUGACAAACGCCAUGGAUCCGUGGGUCGAAACCUCCUGCCGCAACUUCUUGCCCUCGCUUCUGCCGUUGGUGAGCACGCUUCCGGUCAUCUACGCGCGGUCCAUUUUCGAGCAGCAAGGUGUCGACAUCGCCCGCAGCCCCAGCAGGGGCUCAUCGCCUCUAAGCCGGCUUGCGAUGCCUGGCAUGUAUGCUGCCAACGGCCAGAAUCGCUUGGGGAACAUCAAUGCAAAGAUUGCAGCUCAGCGAGUCGAAGAGACGUCCCCGCAGAAGUGGAAGGAGGUGGCCUUUGCGCAAGAGAUCAAGGAUUUCUACUCUCGCUACCAGCACCAAAGCUGGAAGAACGUGAUUAGCGUUGGGGACUCCGUUUUCGAGCGAGAUGCAGUUCGCCGCGUCGUCUUGCAGCGGCCCACUCCACAAAAGAAGUGCAGAACCAAGACUUUGAAGCUCUUCGACGACCCUGAGAUUGAGGAGCUCGUUGCCCAAGUGAAGGUCGUGUACGAUGUCAUCAAUGUGAUGGUUCAAUAUGACGGCGAUCUCGACAUCGAGAUUGACGAGGAAGACCUGAAACUUGAUGGACCGCUCAUGGACAAGCUGCGAGACUAG